AUGCAGAAUAUACGCGAACGCGAUUUUUGUGUUUCAACCUCACCACCGCUGGCUCCGAUGGAAAGCGUUGCCGACUGUCCUGUGGACGUUUGUCUGGAAGGUCAGGGCAUCCCUAUCCGCGCGGAAAGGUAUGAUGAUGCCCGGCGGAUGAAUCCUCGAGUUGGGCCUCAAGUGGCGUCCUACUACGAAGAAGCACCGAACGAGGUUCCUCGCCUGUCCCACCCAAAAACUCCUGGAACCAAUGGCGUGUCCCACUUGGAUCCACAUAAUCAGACUCAGGCAAGAGUCUCAAGGCAACCACAAGCAUGCUUCGCACAAUCAACUUCUAAUCCAACACCCCUCACUGUGCGGCAGGCGGAUGACCUUCAGCGUAACGUGAGACAACUACCUCGUACUACCAACUGUACGGUCAAUUACACGAACGGUGCAGCACGGAAGAACAAUUUAGAGCAGGCGGAUCCUACUGCCUUUCUUCGCCGUGACAACCUUCCUCAGAUGUACACCACGAACAGUGGUGCAACGUUUGCUCCGAACAAUUCAGUUUCGCUCACAAAAAUACCUGACGCGGUGCCCUUCAGUUCCAGGUCUACUUUUCCCAUGCCUCCAGCACCCGUCGCAUAUAAUUUCCGACAGGAUAGGUUAGUCUGGAUUCUUUUGUUUUAA